AUGGCAGAACGUAGCUCGAAAACCCACGCUCGACAAGAUUCCGGACCACAACCAGUCGGAGAAGAAAGCGAGCGUCAACACCCUCGUACCAACAAGCGACAACGUCGAAGCAGCUUCAAUUUCUACCGACACUCCUCGCGACGCUUUCCAAAGAGACCCAGCAGGCCCGACAGCACCCCAAGGCGGAAGGCUCCAGCUGUUCCCCAAAGCACACCAAUCGAUCGUCCCCUGGAGCAGCCACGCUUCGCCCUCGACAUCGUCUCUACACCAGCACACCCCAUCGUCCUAGGAUCACCAAUCGACAUCUCCGCCGUGGUCAGCUUCAUCUCGUCAAACUCCGACGCAGAAACAGUCGACCCCUCACCUCUCCUCGCCGUAGCAUCCCUCAUCUCCGAAAGCGCAAAAGGCGAGCGCACCCAACUCGAUCCGCAAUCCCUCUCCGGCCCGAAAAUGAUCGACAACAUCCACCCGCUAUCCGCGAGCGAUGUGCAAGCGAUGAUGAGAAGCGAAGUACUUGCCAAUCGAACGCUUCUUGGCUACGUUUCGUUUCCGAGUCUGGUGGUUCGGCAAGUGGGAAGUUAUCGAGUCAGGGUGACGCUGCUGAGAAUGGGGGAUGAGGUGGGGAAUUUGGCAGCCAGGAGUCUGGUUGGGGUUGAUAGUGAGGUUGUGAGGGUUGAGAGGGGGAAGAUGGGGAGUUUCUGUCGGCAGGGGUGUUGA